AAGCCGAAAGUAAGGUGUUGUUAUGUAAUAAUAAUAUAUAUAUAUAUAUGUGAUAGAUGCUUCUGGAUCAAGUUAAAGACCUUGUACCUCUCUCUCUGUAACUCUAUAUCUAGGCUCCGACCACAAUUUUUCAGACAAAAUCUAAAAUCUCUAGACUCCAUCUCCAUGCAUGCAUGCAUGAAACAAUCACCAAGCUAAGUAAGCAACACAGUGACAUCAGAAAUGGCGACCACUCGGAAACUGGUGGUAGAAGUAGUAGACGCUAAGGACCUCGCGCCCAGAGACGGCCAAGGGUCCUCCAGUCCCUACGUAGUCAUCGACUACUAUGGCCAACGCCGUCGCACCCGAACCAUCGUCCGUGACUUGAACCCCGUCUGGAACGAGACCCUCGAGUUCAGUCUCGCCAAGCGACCCUCUCAGGUUGUCAGUGACGUUCUCGAGCUCGACAUGUUCCACGACAAGAACUUCGGUCCGAUCCGGAGGAACAGUUUCCUAGGUCGGAUCCGACUCGGGUCUGGUCAGUUCGUCAGCAAGGGCGAGGAGGCUUUGAUUUAUUAUCCCUUGGAGAAGAAGUACUUGUUUAGUCCUGUCCAAGGUGAGAUCGGGCUCAGGAUUUACUAUUCCGACGAGCUUCCUCCGCCCCCGUCACCUUCUCCGGCGCUUGAACCCGUGCCGGAGGAGGCAAAGCCUGUGGAGGUGGAAACACCGAAAGAAACGGCCGACCCACCACCGCCAUCACCGGCGCAGGAUCCACCGGCCGAGGUUCCUGUUCCAAAUGAAGAGCCACCGGUUGAAGCUACAGCAUCAACGCCUCCGACAGAAUCGCCGGAAAGUUCUGCGGCGGGAUCAGAAAACCCACCGGCGGUUGAUCCAGAAACUGCUGAGAAACAAGCGGAUGCGGAUCAGCCAUCUCUAGCGGCUAAUCAACCGGAAGGUGACGACAUUGUGCGUGAGCCAAGAGACCCGGCCCCACCGCCGCCGUCGCCGAUACCCGAAGUGACGAUAUCGAGAUCCGUAUCCGGAUCCAUACCCGAAACAAAAAUCGGAGGAAUCGGAGCUCCACAACCGAUCCGGAGAACAAUGUCGGAAACCGCAAGCUACACGUCGGAGAUAUCCGACGCCUCGACAAUCGAACGGACCACGUUCGAUCUCGUGGAGAAGAUGCAUUACGUGUUCGUCCGCGUCGUGAAAGCCCGAUCUCUACCAAUCUCCGGCAACCCAGUCACGAAGAUCUCACUCUCCGGCACACAAAUCCGAUCAAAACCAGCCCGGAAAACCACCUGCUUCGAGUGGGAUCAAACCUUCGCCUUCCUCCGCGACUCACCGGAUUCUUCUUCCUCGAUUUUGGAGAUCUCUGUGUGGGACUCAGAUUCUCCGGCGGGUUCCGACGCAGCGAGCUUCCUCGGCGGGAUCUGCUUCGAUGUGUCGGAGAUCCCUCUCCGGGACCCACCGGACAGUCCCCUCGCGCCACAGUGGUACCGUCUCGAAGGAGGCGGGGCCCACCACGGUGACUUGAUGCUCGCCACGUGGACGGGGACCCAAGCCGACGAAUCAUUCCCGGACGCGUGGAAAACCGACACCGUCGGAAACGUCAACGCGAGGGCCAAAGUCUACGUGUCGCCGAAGCUGUGGUAUCUACGCGCCACCGUCAUCGAAGCCCAGGAUGUGUUGCCCCCGCAGUUAACGGCGUUAAAAGACGCUACGUUCCAAGUGAAAGCCCAGUUAGGUUUCCAAGUCCAGAAAACCAAACCCGCCGUCACUCGUAACGGCGUUCCGUCAUGGAACGAGGACCUCCUCUUCGUCGCCGCCGAGCCAUUCACCGACCAGUUAAUCUUCACAUUGGAGCACAGGACACCGAAAGGUCCGGUCACCGUCGGGAAGGUGCGCGUGCCCCUCACCGCCAUCGAGCGGCGGGUGGACGAGCGCCACGUGGCGUCUCGGUGGUUCGGGUUCGAGGACACGAGCGAUGAGAAGAGAGGGUUCAGAUCUAGGGCACAUCUCAGGCUCUGCUUCGACGGAGGGUAUCACGUGAUGGACGAAGCGGCGCACGUGUGCAGCGAUUAUCGGCCUACGGCGAGGCAGCUCUGGACACCACCGGUGGGAACGAUGGAGCUCGGGAUCAUCGGAUGCAAAAAUCUGUUACCGAUGAAGACGGUGGACGGUAAAGGAUCUACGGAUGCUUAUACGGUGGCGAAAUACGGUCCGAAAUGGGUCCGUACACGGACCGUAUCGGAUUCUUUAGAUCCGAAAUGGAACGAGCAAUACACGUUCAAGGUAUACGAUCCAUGUACGGUCCUGACCAUCGGGGUGUUCGAUAGCUGGGGAGUGUACGAGAACGACGUCGGAAAAGAAGCCACGCGUCCAGAUUUACGUAUAGGAAAAGUACGAAUACGUAUAUCCACGCUGGAGACGGGGAAACCGUAUAGAAAUACGUACCCACUGAUGAUGUUGGGUAACGGAGGCGUCAAGAGAAUGGGGGAGAUAGAAUUGGCCGUUAGAUUCGUCCGAUCAUCUCAACCGUUGGAUCUCUUACACGUGUACACCCAACCGUUGUUACCGUUAAUGCACCACAUCAAACCGUUGGGCUUGCUACAGCAGGAGAUGCUGAGGAACAAUGCAGUGAAGAUCAUGUCCGUACACUUGUUGAGGUCCGAGCCACCGUUACGGCCCGAGGUGGUACGGUACAUGCUCGACGCGGACUCGCACGCGUUCAGUAUGCGUAAGAUUCGAGCCAAUUGGCUUAGGAUCGUAAACGUGAUCGGGGGAAUGAUCGAGCUAGUAAGGUGGGUGGACAACACGCGCCUCUGGAAGAAUUCGACGGCCACGAUCCUCGUCCACGCGCUGUUCGUCAUGCUCGUCUGGUUCCCAGACCUCAUCAUCCCGACAUUAGCGUUCUAUGUCUUCGUGGUCGGCGCGUGGAACUACAGGUUCAGGUCACGCGCUCCAGUUCCGCAUUUUGACCCCAAGUUAUCAUUAGCGGAUACGGUGGACCACGACGAGCUCGACGAAGAGUUCGACGUGGUGCCGAGCAACCGACCGCCUGAUGCGGUCCGGGCAAGGUACGACAAGCUACGGGCAGUUGGAGCGCGCGUUCAGACGGUGCUCGGUGACAUGGCGGCACAGGGGGAGCGGGUCCAGGCCCUGCUGACUUGGCGUGACCCGAGAGCCACCGGAAUAUUCGUGGGGCUGUGUUUUGUGGUGGCGUUGAUGUUGUACCUUGUGCCGACGAAGAUGGUGGCAAUGGCUUUGGGGUUCUACUACUUCCGCCAUCCGAUUUUCCGAGACCGGAAACCUUCGCCGGCGCUGAACUUUUUCCGGCGGCUUCCUUCGUUGUCCGACCGGAUUAUGUGAUAUGAAAUUCCCUAAUUAGUUGUCCGAUGGUCCUUUUUGUGGAGUUGAUAAAAGAAAGAAAAACGAUUUACAUGUCGAAUAUUUGUUCCGUAAUUUACUCCUGGCAACGUUUGAUUACCGCAUGAUAAAUAUGGGCUUAGUUUGGAGGCCCAAUUCUA